CCUGGUAAACUGCAGUCCCCGGCAGAGCGCAAGCUUUCAGCGCCUCUUAACUGCUUUAGCGGCAGCGGCGAUUAUUCCUGGAUUAAAGAAAACCAGUUACCGCGGGACUGGAGCUGAGCCCUUGUACUGGAAGUUUGGUGCAACUUUUGUGCUGGAUGAGUCGACAGCCGAGAACUGAGCGGACUUUCCAUCCUGUGGUCAUGGAAUAGAAAAGCGGAGUGGAGCCAGGCGUCAGGCCUGCGGAAAACUAACAUUAGCUAGCUGAGCUAGCUGAUGUCUAUCGGUGUUUAGACCGUUGUGCUAACUAGCCAUUUGCUGUUUUUGUUAGCAUAACAGAUAGCCAACCAGAGUUGCUAGCCUGUUUUGUUGCGGAUAUAUUGAAGAAACCCACCUGGCGCCUAUAUAAUUAUAUGUUUCCAGAACUUUCUCUAAGUUUUAAGUUAAUAUUCAGAGCUAACGUUUACAUGUAAACAAGCUAGUGAGUUGCGGCUUUGUCAUAACGUUAUAAAGUUGAGCUUCAAUUCUGACAGAUGAUUUGUGUGUUAAAUUGAUCUCGAUUUUAUACAGAGGAUUGUAUGUUGAUCAAACAUCAGUUAGACGCAGUCCAAUCCUCACAGUCUCUCUACCCCUCUGCGGGUCGACAGUUAAAAUCUUUUUCUGACUCCCUCCUACCCACCACGGUCUCCUGUCUUUGGCUGGCUUCAGUGGCUGGCCACACGGCACUGAGUGCCCAAUGGAGGAACAUGACAACAUGGACUAUUUUUACCAGCAGGUGCUGCAGAAAGACGUUACCCGCAGGUUGCAGGUGGGUCAGGACCUUAUUGACUACCUGAGCGACCCGCAGCGCUCCCCGGACGUGGAGCAGGACAAACCCCGGCUAGAUAAGACUGUAGACGAGCUAACGGGAUGGGUGAACUCCAGCAAUUUCAAGGUGGCCUUGUUGGGAAUCGAUAUCUGUGGAGCGUUUGUAGACCGCAUGGGAGAGCGGUUCAAAGGAUACCUGGGAACAGUUUUGCCAGCUUUGGUGGACAGGCUGGGCGAUGGGAAGGACCAGGUCAGAGAGAACAGCCAAGCUCUCAUCCUUCGCUGUAUGGAGCAGACUGCCUCACCCAUGUACGUUUGGGAAAGGCUACUUCCUGGUUUUAAACACAAGAACUUCCGCAGUCGAGAGGGAAUCUGCUUGUGUCUCAGUGCAACACUAAGCACGUAUGGAGCUCAGCCGCUGAGCCUCAGUAAACUAGUCCCACAUCUCUGCACUCUAACUGGAGACCAAAACCCUCAGGUACGAGAGGCCUCCAUAACAACAUUAGUGGAUGUUUACCGUCAUGUUGGAGACAGGGUCCGAGCAGACCUGACAAAGAGAGGACUACCUCCUGCACGGUUACAGACAUUGUUCUCUCGUUUUGAUGAAGCCUUGAAUUCAGGCAACAUGGCUCUCAGCCCGAGUCACGAUCGUAGUUUUGAUGAUGAUGACAGUGUGGAUGGGAGUCGUUCUUCCUCGGCCCAGGCCGCAUUCAAGGUCCCAAAAGUUCCCAAGAAACCGGCAGAGUCCUCAGCUGCACGAAGGCCCAGUGCCACUGGAGGCAAGCUAGUAUCCAAGGAAAGUGCGGGAGCGAUUGAUGAAGAAGAUUUUAUAAAAGCUUUCACAGAUGUCCCUACAGUUCAGAUCUACUCAUCAAGGGAUCUAGAGGACAACCUGAAUAAGAUCCGCGAGAUCUGCUCCGAUGACAAACACGACUGGGACCAGAGAGCCAAUGCUCUGAAGAAAAUUCGCUCAUUGUUGGUGGCUGGCGCACAGACCUAUGACUGUUUCUACCAGCACCUACGGCUACUGGAUGGAGCCUUCAAAUUGUCAGCCAAAGAUCUGCGCUCACAAGUUGUCAGAGAGGCCUGCAUUACUGUGGCCCACCUCUCCACAGUGCUGGGGAAUAAAUUUGACCAUGGAGCGGAAGCCAUCGUUCCCGUCCUGUUCAACCUCAUCCCAAACUGUGCCAAAGUCAUGGCCACCUCAGGUGUGUCGGCCAUCCGCAUUAUUAUACGGCACACCCAUGUCCCUAGGCUUAUCCCCCUGAUAACCAGUAACUGCACAUCCAAGUCUGUGGCUGUUAGAAGGCGCUGUUAUGAUUUCUUGGAUCUUUUACUACAAGAAUGGCAGACCCACUCUCUAGAGAGGCACACAGCAGUUCUAGUUGAGAGCAUCAAGAAGGGAAUACGAGAUGCGGACUCAGAGGCCAGAGUUGAGGCUCGCAAGGCCUACUGGGGUCUGAGGAACCACUUCCCAGGGGAGGCAGACGCUCUCUACAACUCCCUGGAGUCGUCGUACCAGAGGACCCUUCAGUCCUGCCUGAAGAGCUCUGGCAGUGUAGCCUCUCUUCCCCAGAGCGACCGCUCCUCGUCCUCUUCUCAAGAGAGCCUAAACCGGCCUCUGACUUCUAAAUGGUCAGCAGCUCCAGGGCGAGUCCCUGCGGGUUCAAAAGGUGGGGCGCCAUCAGCCUCCCUGCAGCGAUCCCGUAGCGACGUGGAUGUAAACGCAGCAGCAGUCGCUAAGCACCGGCACGUCGGGCAGACCAGGGGAGCGGGUCGUCUGCCCCCUGGUUCCUACUCCUCAUUGGAUGAUGCCUCUGAUAAAACGGAUGGGACCAGGUCAGACAAUGGCCGUGUACGCACCAAGCAGCCCUUGUCCACAGCCAGCAGCGUCUCAAGCCAGGUGGACUCACGGGGACGCAGCCGCACCAAGAUGGUCUCCCAGUCACAACGUUCCGACGAAUCCGAUUGCACACCAGGAUCUCAGUCUGCUACCCCUGUUGGUGCUGGAAGUCGGAGUGGCUCCCCGGGUCGUGUGCUGACAAGUACGGCCCUGAGCACCAUGAGCUCCGGGGCCCAGCGGGUGCUGGCUGGAGCCGGCACUGAUGGACACAGACGCAGCCGCAUCCCUCGCAGCCAGGGCUGUUCCAGAGACUCUUCCCCUACCCGCUUGUCUGUUGCUCCCUCCAGCAUUAGCUCCAUCUACAAUGGAGCAAGUCGAGGAGCUCGGGGCAGUCGUAUCCCUCGUCCAAGUAUGAGUCAGGGCUGCAGCAGAGAGGCCAGCAGGGAGAGCAGCCGGGACACCAGCCCCGUACGCUCCUUCACACCCCUGGCAACACGAAGCUACUCUCGCUCCACCGGAGCUCUUCACACACCUGAUACUUUUGGGGCUGCAGGAUCGGGUUUUGGCAUAAGUCAGUCCAGUCGUCUUUCUUCCUCAGUCAGCGCCAUGAGGGUGCUCAACACAGGCUCAGAUGUAGAGGAGGCUCUCGCUGAUGCACUGCUGUUGGGAGACAUGCGUUCAAAGAAGAAGCCCGCCCGGCGGCGGUACGAAAACUACGGCAUGUACUCAGAUGAUGACGCUAACAGUGACGCCUCCAGCGCCUGUUCAGAGCGGUCCUACAGCUCCAGGAACGGAGGAGCCAUCCCCACCUACAUGAGACAGACAGAAGAUGUAGCCGAGGUGCUGAACAGAUGUGCCAGUGCAAACUGGUCCGAGAGGAAGGAGGGACUGCUGGGUCUACAGGCGCUGCUCAAGAACCAACGCACCCUCAGUCGGGUAGAGCUGAAGAGAUUAUGUGAGAUCUUCACCAGGAUGUUUGCAGAUCCUCACAGUAAGCGAGACUCCGGCAGGAUGUACGGCACGGCAGAAUCCGGUAUAAGCUCAGCCUCCUUCAAGAGAGUAUUCAGUAUGUUCCUGGAGACCCUGGUAGAUUUCAUCGUGGUCCAUAAGGAAGAUCUGCAGGACUGGUUGUUUGUCCUGCUCACACAGCUGCUGAAGAAGAUGGGAGCUGACCUGCUGGGCUCUGUACAGGCCAAAGUUCAGAGAGCCCUAGAUGUCACACGAGAGUCUUUCCCCAAUGACCUCCAGUUUACUAUUCUUAUGAGGUUCACAGUGGACCAGACGCAGACGCCUAACCUCAAGGUGAAGGUGGCCAUUCUGAAGUACAUUGAGACGCUGACAUUACAGAUGGAAGCUCCUGACUUUGUGAACUCCAGUGAGACUCGGCUGGCCGUCUCCCGCAUCAUCACAUGGACGACCGAACCCAAGAGCUCUGAUGUCAGAAAGGCUGCCCAGUCGGUUUUGAUCGCUCUGUUCCAGCUCAACACUCCAGAGUUCACAAUGCUGCUGGCAGCUCUGCCCAAAACCUUCCAGGACGGAGCCACCAAGCUGCUUCAAAACCACCUGAAGAACACAGGCAAUGUUGCACAGGCACCCAUGGGAAGCCCCCUGACACGCCACACCCCUCGAUCUCCUGCCAGCUGGUCCAGCCCUGUUACCUCCCCCACCAAUACCUCCCAGAACACGCCCUCACCAAGUGCAUUUGACUAUGACACAGAGAAUAUGAACUCAGAGGAUAUCUACAGCUCACUGAAAGGUGUCACUGAGGCCAUCCAGAACUUCAGUGUCCGCAGCCAAGAAGACAUGAAUGAACCUGUCCAAAGGAGGGAGGGAGACGAGGGAGACGGAGACAGAGUGUCAGACUUUGUAGACGGAGGCCGCAUGGCUCUGGACAACAAGACGUCCCUCCUCAACACCCCCCUUCUCUCCUCCAGCCCCCGAGGAGCCCGCGAGCACUUCUCUGAUUCUCCAUUCAAACACAGUCGCAAAGACACCAGCAUGGACGACUCUGAGCAGCUAACAGAUGAAAGCAGCCUGGACCAAUCAGAGCUGGUGGCAGAGCUGCUCAAAGAGUUGUCCAAUCACAACGAGCGCAUCGAGGAAAGGAAGGCAGCUCUGUGCGAGCUGCUGAAGCUGAUCCGUGAAAACACGCUGCAGGUGUGGGAUGAACAUUUUAAGACCAUCCUGCUGCUGCUGCUGGAGACAAUGGGAGACAGAGAGCAUUUGAUCCGAACGCUGGCUCUGCGGGUGUUGAGGGAGAUUCUCUGUAAACAGCCCGGGAGGUUCAAAAACUACGCAGAGCUCACCAUUAUGAAGGCACUGGAGGCUCACAAAGACCCCCACAAAGAGGUUGUAAGAGCAGCAGAGGAGACGGCGGCUAUGUUGGCAUUGUCCAUCAGCCCAGACCAGUGUAUCAAAGUAUUGUGUCCUAUCAUCCAGUCUGCUGACUAUCCCAUUAACCUAGCCGCCAUCAAGAUGCAGACCAAAGUGGUGGAGAGGAUUCCCAGAGAGGGUCUGAUCAGCAUGCUGCCUGAGAUAGUGCCAGGACUCAUUCAGGGUUACGAUAACUCUGAGAGCAGUGUGAGGAAAGCCUGUGUUUUCUGCUUGGUGGCCAUUUAUGCAGUGAUUGGUGAGGACCUCAAACCACACCUCAGCCAGCUCUCCAGCAGCAAGCUGAAGCUGUUGAAUCUAUACAUCAAGCGUGCCCAGUCUGGCUCCAGUGGCAGUGAACCCCCAUCUGAGGGCCUAUAGGAGACAACAGCGCCCUCCCACAGGGCAACUGAAGAACUACAACUUUGCCCACCAAACCCUAAAUGAGCUCACACCAACACAGGCCGACACAGACAUCCUAACACUCUGUCAGACUGCUUCCAUCCACAUGUAAACACUCACACAAACACAGUCCUCUUACAUUUCCUGUUUGAUGCAGCAGAGAGGAGUGUUGUAGUUCUCCCUGACCACUGCUGAGGAUCCACCCCGACUGAACUGAACCCUUCAAUUAAACAUGAACAGAUAACACUCAUUCUGUCACACAGGUUUGUCACUAAUCACUCAAGGAUGAAAACGUCCAUCCUCUCCACUUCCUCUAAUUUUCAGACAAACAGUAUCCCCCUCUGAGUCCUCUUGAUGUCAACAGAAAGUGGUGCAACUGCAUGGAUCUCAUAUUUCUUUUUGGGGCGGGGGGCAGGUUAAGGUUCAAAGGGCGGGGCCGAGACGAAGAAACGGUGCAACCUUUGUGUCUUUCUUGAGCAGUGAGUUACCGGGGCCAGGUAGACAGGAAUGUAAAUGUACAUUGUGUCAUAGUUUGGGUUUCUUUUAUGCCAUGAGUUUUUACUGCAGCAGUUUUUGAUGUCUGGAGUUUCACACACACUCAUAAACGAACAUUUUCUCUCUCAAAAAGGUGCUGAAGAGCCUAAAAGGUACGAGCGAGCAACCCCUCCCAGCACUAACGCGCGCAGUCACAGAGGGUUAUGCCUGCUUGUUCCAAAAACAGAGCAAAGGCAGAACCCAAAGUAAAGGAGGCGUUGUGUGCUUGGCUAUGCAUGAGACUAAAUUUUAAACUUUUUAUCGGGGACAGAGUCGGCGUGAUUGGGGUUUUAAAUUAAUAUGAAGUCCGCUCCUUUCAAAAAACCCAUGGCCAGGUCUUGGCAACAUGGGGAGGAAGACAAGUGCGUGCUGCUUACUACAUGAAGUAUGACAGGACAUGGCUUUUUAUCACAUAGUGGAUAUGUAUCUAAAUGAAAUAUUAAAAUGAAUCAUCUAAUAACUGUCAUUUAGGAGAGUCCCCCUGGGAGGUGCACACGCGCACCUGUGCCCGUCCUUGUUUUUAUUUUCUCUUUCUCUCUCUUUGCGCGUGCAGUAGUCUCUCACACUCAUGUUUUCUCUGCUGAGAAACUUGUAGAAAUGUAUUAUUUACAGUUCGGAAAAAAAUGUCAUGUCACCAUUUUCUCUUCUCCUCUUCAUCGUGUCUUUCUUUCCUUCCUGUUAUUGUAACAUUCUAGUUUCCACUGUUGUGUUUCCUCCGUGCAUUUACAAAGCUGUGCUUACAAUAAAAUCAAGAACUUGUACA